AUGUCUGAAAAAUAUUACAUGCUUGGAGGAGCUAAUGAUGUCAAUCUCAGGCAUACUUUUAUUGCCUCUCUUCCAGAUGAACUGCAACCAGAACUUCAUAGAGCUAUCAAUGCACUCCACAGAAACAUGGCUGACAUUUCCAUUGGAGAAAUAUAUCAGUUGGCAUUAGCAACUGUGGAUAACCUCUGUGAACAACAGAAGUUCUUCAAAGGAAUGCUGAAAGGACAGUCAAAGCUCAGGCAUGCUUGCAAGAAACCGCAUCUGAAAAUAAAGUGCAAAGAUGAUAAAGAUUGCUCUUGUUCUACCAAGAGAAAAUCUCAUUAUCGUCGAUUCAGAUAUCCAAAGGGUUCUUAUUCUAGGAGAAGAUCCAGAAAGCCUUUCUUGAGAUAUUUUAAGAGGCGCAAGCCUUAUUCAAAGAAAUCUGACCGAUGUUACGUAUGCAAGAAAAAAGGACAUUUUGCAAAAAAUUGUCCUAACAAGACAAAAAAGGAUGUGAAGAUGCUGGAACAUUUGCAGACUGUUCUCAUGAUCAACGAAGAUGAAGAUAUAGAAUCUGUGAUUGAAGAACAAGAUGCUCAGAAUGAAGAAACACAAUAUGUUCUUCCUUUCUCUGAAGAUGAAGAAUUUGAUUCUGAAUCCUUAUCCCAAGAAGAUGAUGAUCCUCAAGGGUAUUUAUAUUCCCUUGAACAGCCUGUGCAUCCGUCUUCUUUCCUUGGUUCCCUGGCUUCCCAGCCAGAUCACAACAAAGUCACUCCCAAGCCAAAUGUCAAAAUUCAUAUCCUUCCAGGAAGAUAUGAAAAGCCAAUUCCUGUUAUUGCUUUUAUUGAUACUGGAGCAUGCAGAACCAUCAUGAAUCCUGAUAUUCUUCCUUCUGAAGCAUGGAUCCCUUGUGAUCAAUUUUUCCUUACUGCUAAUUCAAAACCAUUCAAGAUUGAAUGGAUCACUCGCAGGAAGAUUGGUAUUCAAUUCUUUCCAGGAUGUGUUCUAUGGAUGAAAGUUCUUGGUAGUGAUCUCCCGGGGAAAGAUAUUCUUAUUGGAUUCGAUACUUAUUACCAUACUAGGAAUCUUCAAAUCCAACAAGCACCACCAGGAUAUGAAGAUAUUCGAGAUCAUCUUCUCAAGUUUUGCGCUGAUAGUCAUCAACAGUUCUCUCAUCCAUUUCCAUUAUGGAAAAAUCAAGAGUUUUUCAUAAAACUCCCCUUCAAGAAGAAUGAAGAUAUUAGUCCCACAAAAGCCUCUCAUCCAGGAAUGAAUCCAGAAGAUCUCAAACUCGCUAAAGAAGAAUGUGCUGCACUUCUCAAACAAGGCCUUAUUGAACUAACAAAAUCUAAUUGGGCUUGUCAAGCAUUCUAUGUUGAAAAAAGAUCAGAAAUCAAAAGAGGGAAGAAAAGGUUAGUCAUCGACUAUAAGCCUCUUAAUAUUUUCCUUCAAGAUGACAAAUUCCCUUUACCAAAGCCCAGUUCACUUACAGUCCAUCUUAAAGAUGCAAAAAUCUUUUCCAAGUUUGACCUCAAAGCAGGAUUUUGGCAAUUGGGUAUUCACCCAGAAGAUCGACCCAAAACUGCUUUAUGUAUUCCAAACGCCCAAUACCAAUGGACUGUCAUGCCAUUUGGGCUUAAGGCCGCCCCAUCACUGUUCCAAAAGGCCAUGACCAGAAUCUUUGAACCUAUGCUUGAUAACCUCCUCAUUUACAUUGAUGACCUUUUACUUUUCUCAAAAGAUGAGGAUUCCCAUAAACUUUUAUUAACCCAGUUCGGGGAAAUAAUUGAAAAAUAUGGGAUUAUGUUGUCGGCAAAGAAAGGAGAAAUAGGUGUUAAGAGCAUAGAGUUCCUUGGAAUGCAUUUUGAAAAUGGUCAAUAUUAUCCUGGACCACACAUUAUAGAAGAAUUACUCAAAUUCCCAGACGAUAAUCUCACAACAAAGCAAAUCCAACAAUUUCUGGGGAUUAUUAAUUAUCUUCGGGAUUUUAUCCCUCAUGUGUCAAAUCAUACCAGCCAGCUGUCCAAACUUCUCAAAAAGAAUCCUCCCGCGUGGGGGACAGAGCAGACCUCAGCUGUCAAGACCCUUAAAAGAAUUGCACAGCAACCACCUCCUUUAAAGAUUCCUGACAAGGGACUGCGAAUCCUCCAAACUGAUGCUAGUGAUGACUUUUGGGGAGCUGUCUUGAUUGAAGAGAUAGAUGGAAAGAGAUUUUACUGUGGACAUGCAAGCGGACAAUUCAAAGAGUCAGAAAAGCAUUAUCAUGCUACCUACAAGGAGAUCCUUGCUGUCAAAAGAGGAAUCGAGAAGUUCAGCUUCCAUCUCAGUCCGUAUCAAUUCAGAGUAGAAAUGGACAAUACGUCUUUUCCAAGAAUGCUUGAUCCCAAGGGAAAGACUUUGCCAGACAGCCAAUUACUCCGGUGGAAAGACUGGUUCUCUCGCUAUAAAUUCACCAUCCAUCAUCUCAAAGGUCACCAGAACAUCAUAGCAGAUUUCCUCACAAGACCUCAGAAAGUUUCCCAGCCUCCGAAACUCUUGUCACUCUCCAGACCUCAACCUCUUUUCAUCCUAACCAUCUCUGAACCAGAAAUGCCUCACAGAAUGAGAGCCACCAUUUUCCCUCCUGGAUCCCGUCCUGAAUCUCCAGCAGAUGUCCAAAACCUUGCCACGAGCACCAUGUUCUACUGGCUCCACCGUGUUUUUGUAGACACCGGAAUUCAUCCUUAA